AUGGCAGUGGCUCAUUAUUUAUCCAUUGUUAUAAUUAGCAUAGCUAGUUUUGUUUUCGGAUUGAUCCCACUGACAUUUAAAAAAUUCUCAACACAAUCAUGUUCUUUUUUUCUUUCUUUAAUAUUAUGCCUUGGAGCAGGAGUUUUAUUGGCAACAUCAAUUGUGCACAUGUUAACAGAAGUCCAAGAAAAAUUAAAAUCAAAUGCUCAAUUAUAUUUUUUACCUGUUCCUUCCGAGAGUACUCCUUUAUUAUCAUCUCGUGAUUUAGAACACAGUACGAAAAAGAAAAUCAAUCAUGAUUGCAUUGAACAGUGCUGCCACAUUUCCAACAUUACGACAGAAAGACCAAAUACUUCACAGAGUUGUUCAAAUUCUUCAAAUCUCGACAACACAAAAAUAUUAUGUCACAUUGAUAUUGGAAAACCAUGUUCGCAUAAUUUAACUGCCAAAGCUGGUUUAUUGAUUGCAUUAACAACACAUUCGAUAUUGGAAGGGAUUUCAAUUGGUGUACAAACAAAAUUUGAUGAGAUUUUUUUAGUUUUGGGAAGUGUAACACUCCACAAAGUUGUACUAUCAUUUUGUCUAGGUUUAGAAUUGAAUUCUAUCAAUGUUAAAAAACUUUAUUCAAUUGCUGCUAUUGGUAUAUUUUCUAUUGGUAGUUCUGCUGGAAUACUAAUCGGUUUGUUUGUAACAUCAACCAGUCCAUUUAAUAUAGAUGCUCAAAUACAAGCGAUAGCAGGAGGAAGUUUAUUAUAUGUAGCUGCAUUUGAAGUUCUUCCUCGAGAAAGAUUUCAAUGGCAACAUAAAUCCCGUCACUAUGCAGGAAUAUUACAAUUUUUUUUUGUCAUUAUAGGUUUUACCUGUCUAAGUAUGAUUCAUUCUUUCGUAGGUAACUACUUUCAAAUAACUACUUACAAAAAAACUAAUACAAUAAUUAAAAAAGUAAUUCAUUUGCUGUAA